AUGAAGUUAUCUCAUUUUGUCCGUUGUAGCGCUAUUCCAGUGCUUGUCCACUCUCUUGCUCCAACUGACGAGCCCCGAGAUGCCGACCCUCCUCAAUCAGGUUACCUUCCCAACCACAACAUCUCUCCAGCACUUCUCUCAAGCUACACAAAGAAAUGGACGAUGAAAUACAAUACUGCAGAGGAGUUCUAUGCCAAUCCCUUGGUAUAUACGGCUCCCAAUACUACGAAAGAACUUGUCAUCUUGGCUUCCAUCCAAAAUAUUGUACGGAUACUUGAUAGUACCACUGGUGCUCUGAUCAUCAGUCGCACUCUCGAUGCUCCAUAUGUAUCGUCUGAUUCAAACUGCAAUGAUGGCGCUACAGUCGGGAUCACCGGAACUCCGAUUAUUGAUACAACUUCAAACAUCAUGUACCUUUUCACCAAGGGCUACUGCAAUGGCUUACCUGGUCCUCAAGGUGUCAUCAAUGGCGCAUAUAAAUUCUGGGCACUGAACGUCCCAAGCUUGACGAUUGUCCCAGGCUAUCCAGUCUUAAUCAAGGGACCAGCAUCCAAUGAUCCUCAGCGCUACUUCAUUGGAGGCACAAUCUUGCAACGUCCUGGUUUGGCGAUGAUGCAAAUUAAAUGGCUAGUUGGUGACAGCGUCAUUGCCGGGUUCGGUGGACACUGCGAUUCAAUGAACUACACUGAUAUCCUGAUCGCAGUCAGCAAGACUCCUAGCAAAGGUGUCACGGACAUGAUGGAAAUGGAAGUAUCUCCAGGUGAGCCAGCAGACCCUAAUCUCCUUCUUGGAAAGGGCGGGAAAGCUGGCAUAUGGCAAUCGGGCAUGGGUAUUGCUGCCGACACGGUCAACAAUCGAGUUUUCUUCUCCACAGGAUGGCCCCGGUGCCAACAAAGGUCCUACCGGUCCCCAGCGCCCGGCAAGGCAGGCACCAGCACUUUAGAUCAAGCGAUUGUGAACAUUGGGGUUGAUCCUGUAACAGGACUCCUCAAACAACAAGACUACUUCUCGCCAAUCAAUUACGAAAAGCUGAAUGCUGGAGACAAAGACUUGUCCUCUUCUGGUGUCACCCUGUUGGACCCUAUCACUUUCUCUGGAGGUGGUGUCAAUCGUGUUGGGGUCGCCGGGAGCAAAGCUGGUGUGAUAUAUGUUGUUAACGCGGAUAAUCUUGGCGGAUUCAAGAUGGGACCCAACAGUUCUGAUGCAGGCAAGUUAUCUGACUUCGAAAAAAAAGGUUUCAGGCUAACUUCAUCAGUGCUACAAGAGCUCACUUUCGCUGGCUUCUGCACCACCUGUGGAGCCUUGCAAGCUUGGAAGAAAGUUCUCAAUGCUCAAGGUCAACCGAACUUUGCCUUUGCAGCCGAAAGCAAUAUCCCCUUGGGCUGCCACAACACUCCAACAGUGACGAGUCUGAACGGAGUUGCUGGGACCGCUAUUGUCUGGUUAGCUGAUACAUCUAAAGGGCUGGUAGCGUUUCACGCUGUCCCUAAUGGUAGCGUCUUGACCCAAAUCACACUCCCGGGUAGUGGAGGGCUACAAAAGUUCCAUCGUCCAAUUUUUGGUAACAACCAUGUCUACGUCACUUCAAGUAACAAGCUCAUCGCUAUUGGUGGUGUUGCUCAGUGA